AUGAAAUCUCCAACCAAAGGAAACUACAAUCCGGACUUCUUUGAGUCAGGGUGUUCGAUUAAUUUUCCUAAUCCCGAUGAUCCUGGACUUGGACCAUCUCUCCGAGCUCUCCGUCAAGUAGGAAUGGGACGUUUCACACCAGAAAGCCAUACACCUAGGUCCCGUCAGAUGAGGUCCAAGAUCGAGAGCGAAUGCAGUGAUGUUUCAAACAGACGAGGAAAUGGCGGAAACAUCUCAAGCCAUCUUGUCGGACCAAAAUCUAGAACAAAGAGUUCUAGCAGCAAAUCGGGGAGUUCGCUUUUGGAAAACAAGCAUCCAGCUAAAUCUAAGCACCAAGAGAGAAUGAGCCCAGCAGGAGGCAGCAGUGUUGUGAGUUCUCGUGCAAGCAUGCACACAGAAUCUGCAUCAACACCAAGAACUGCCAGCGUGAUUUCGGGAUAUAUCAAAAACAGUGCUACGCCAGUAAGUGGACAGAGUAGUCUAUCUAUCCCCUCUGCUGAUUCCGAGCUAGCUUUCACUUUAGAGGAUAAUGGCAGAAGCAUUUCUCAUAGGAGUCAAGCACCUUAUACCUCAUACUACUCAGAUAAUCGUCCAAGAUCUCUUGCAAGUCGAGUUUCAAUAAUGGACAACAGCAGCUCUGGAGCUUCAUACAGUGACGUUAUUCCACCAGGAGACUAUGAGCCAAGUGGCUGCUCCUCUACACCACAUUCAUCCCCAGUGAUUGGAAUGGAGGUUCUCUCAGGUCAAGAGGUAACUGUGCAGGAAAAGAUGAUAAACACCAAAGAUGCAAUGAGAAAUAUACCUAAGCCAGGUCCAUCAGAGUCUCCAACCAAGAGUCAAUCAUUCAACAAAUUUAAACAAAUACCUACUGGAACUUCCAUGCAUAAACUUAAAAACGAUAAACAUGGCAGACAAGAUGAUGAAACAACUGAAAAAAAUGUCAAAGAACAGGAAGAUGGUAGAGACAAAGGAAUGUGCAAAGACACUUUAAAAGUGGCCAAUAAAGGAGGGAAGAUGGCUGUGAAGACAGGCAAAGAGGCGAAAAAGAAAGCUAAACCAACUGUGGCAAAGGCAAAUGAAAAGGAUGUUGAGGUCAAGCUAACUGCCCUAGAGAGGAGGAAAGCUUAUGAGGCCAAAAUAAAAGAACGUAAAAAGAAGGCAGAAAGCAAGAUGAAUGUCAAAAAUCAAGGAUCAGAACCAUCUCGAGGAAAGAUCCAAAAGAAUAUCACUGACAGCAACACAAGAAAAAUGGAAGGCAAAAAAUCAAAACAACCUGAUAACAAGGUCAAUGUUGCUGACUGCUACUAUGAAGAUGAUUUUGAGUCUGAUGAUGAGGAAAUCCGUUUACCAGACCCCAGAGUUUUUAACAGCAAGAAAGCUGAAGCCCGCUAUCAGGGAACCCAGGAUGAAGAAGCAGUGGCAUCUGGCACUGCUGCCAACAGACGUAGCGACAGACUUAAUGGAGAUGAUGGGGAUUUCACUGAGAAGAUACCCUUUCUUAACAUUCUGACCCCAAGAGAAGUCCAAGAUAUAUACCAAGACAUGUACUAUGGAAACAAUGGACAGAUGAGCGGCAGAGCAAACCCAAAUUCAGCCAGAACAGAUGUAGAUAUUGAGUAUGUUAAUCCCCAACAAAUUGCUGCUUUGAAGCAAAGUGGUUACACCUAUUCUCAGUACGAGAACACCCGCCCCAUGGCUAGAGACAUGCACAGAGAGUAUGGACAUGGAACAAUGGGUCUUGACUACAAUCAAGCCACCAGGAGAAAUACUGGUCAGGAGGACAUUCCUCAAUAUGAAAAUGGACAAUACUUUGCUAAACCCAAUCCCAGAAAGAAAACAACAGUUGGCUACGUUCCUGGUUAUGGAGCAGUAAAGGUGCCAAUGAACAGCAGACAAGCUGAUGUGAAGAAGAGAAACAUUGAUCCUUCUUAUGUUGUUUACAAUGCAGAUGGAACUGUAUCUAGCAGGCCUAAAAAGAAUGUUGUAGGCUACGUCCCAGGGUAUGGACCUGUACGAGGGGUUUCUGUUCCAAGGGGUCAGCAAGUGCCCUCUAGAAGAGUUCAGCUCCCUCCUGUGAACCCCAAUCAGAGCUGGUGUCCUUUUCAUGGUCUCCUCGAGGAUGGAAAGCCAGUCCAGGGUAGAAAGAAGACUGUUGAUGUUUUGGAAUCCCGUGCCAAAGCCAAGCCAUUCAACACAUACGUAGAUGAUGAGGCCUCCCGAAGAUUUGAGCGACAAUUUGCAAAGCAUUACUAG